CUAAAAGGACCCGGAAACGUGGCCAAAUGACGUACCCACAUCCCCUUCGAAAUCCAAGCUGUGCGAUAAUUAACUGUAAUAAGGCUACGUUGCAAACUGUGUACAGAUUGGAUUAAGCCGGAAAAUGGCUAUUUCUCUUUCUCAACACUUACUCUAUUCAACUAGUAAUUCAUUCAAUUUCCAAAAAAUUAGCUCAAUUUCUGUCAGAAAGAAACGAAGCUUUGUUCAUUGUGCUUCACUGGAUUCUGCUCCUACCAGGCAAGAGGUGUCAUUAAGUGUUGGAACGUACCUAAUUCCACAUCCCAACAAGGUUGAUAAAGGUGGAGAAGAUGCAUUCUUUGUGAGCAGUAAUGAUGGGGAAGUGAUUGCUGUUGCUGAUGGUGUUUCCGGUUGGGCUGAAAAGAACGUGGAUCCUGCACUGUUCUCCAGAGAAUUGGUGUCUAAUGUUUCUUCUUUGGCGAGGAAUGCAGAGGUCAAUUAUGAUCCUCGGAUUCUCAUAAAGGGAGCCCAUGCUGCUACAUCAUCUAUCGGUUCAGCUACGGUAAUUGUUUCUACAUUCGAGGACGGAAUUCUGAAGAUAGCCAGUGUUGGGGAUUGUGGACUACGGGUCAUUCGUAAAGGUCAGAUGAUUUUCUCCACAUUUCCACUAGAACACUAUUUUGACUGCCCAUACCAGUUGAGCUCAGAGGCUGUUACUCAAACGUACCUUGAUGCCAUAGUUAGCACAGUGGAUUUGCAAAUAGGAGAUACAAUCAUAAUGGGCUCAGAUGGCCUCUUUGAUAAUGUUUUCGAUCAAGAGAUCGUUUCAGUUGUGACCACAAAUGAUGAUGUCUCUAAUGCUGCAAAGGCAUUAGCUGAUUUGGCGCGCAACCACUCUGUGGAUACCAAAUUCGACUCCCCCUUUUCACUGGAGGCUAGAGCAAGGGGAUUUGAUGUUCCUUGGUGGAAGAAAUUUUUCGGAAUGAAGUUAACAGGAGGAAAGCUUGACGAUAUUACAGUUAUUGUUGGAAAGGUGAAAAAUUCGUGAACAAGCUAGCCUGGACACCACCGAUAUUUUAAAAAAGAAAAGGCUCGUGAACAAGUGAAUAUAUCUUUGGUGCCAAGACUUUGGCAGGGUGCGAUUUCCUGAAUCUUUGGGCAAUUGGAUGGUGUUUUGAACUACGAGUUGAAGGAUGAGGUAAGAAGAGAACAGCUUCAAACAACACUCGAUAGUUGUUUCUGUAUCGUGUUAUCUGUCGCAAGACAAUGUUUGGCACUAAAAAUCUGUAUGACAUUUGGGACGAUUUGUAUUAUUCAUUGUUCAUAAGUACAACCAUGAAAAGCUUACUAACUUCA